GUCAAUUUGCUUAACAGACAGUCCAACUUUUCUCUCUAUAAUCUAAUUGUGUUGCAGGCACAGCAGCCAGCAGCUGCUACUUUCAAAAGUAUCUGUUGGAGGGCCUCACAAGGUAGAACGAAGAUCGGGCCCAGGUUGAUUGUUGAGGCAGUACCGACUCGCUGGGGUAGGCUAUGUAUCAUCUACGUGGACCGUGACUGCUGCAGCCAAGACAGCUGCCUUGUUUCUGCUCGUGGUGCACCUGGACAUCUGACACCGCUUCGCAUCCGGUGUCACGACCGAAAGCCAUGAGCUGUACCCCACCUUCAUGAGGCAGCUGUCUCACUGCAUCUUCGAGGUGGACCUUGGUGAUGCCUACUGUCUCACUGAGAUGAAGCGGUCCAAGCUGGCGGGGAAGCGCAGGAUGGUUGGCCUGACUGAGGCCAAGGUCAUCAGGAGGAUCUCCAAAGAGGAGUGGAGGCUCCACUGUCGCAGACGGCCAUGUGGGACAGUGGAAUCAGCUCUCCUCAUCCAGGAUCUCCUCAACACCUUCGGCAAACCGGCAGAGUCCAUGAUGGAAUUCCCAUUGCUGAACGCUCUCCGGAUCCAGGAUAUUCUGACAUCUUCUCCUGCACCACCACAACCUCAGCCCCGCCCCUCGUCAUCUAGUCUGAGGAAGAGAAGAACCACGGCCCUCUUAGGUUUUUAUCCGGUUACCUCCUCCUCCUACGACUACGAAAAAGUCAAGGAUGACGGCAUACAGGAAGAGGAAGGCAGCUGCAGGGCAGGGGCUGCUACCGGGGAGCAAAACUCGCCUGGCAAUGUCGCAGUAUGUCUGCAAGAAGUGUGGCCAGCCCAAAAGACUAGAGACCAGCCACACUCAGCUAUAUGGGGUGACCUACUGCACGUCGGUCGGCGAAAAAUCCGUGGAGGAAUUGAGGCAGGAGGAUCACAGCCAACAUCUCCAACACCUUACAUCAUCCGAGUGGUCGUCCUGCCGCUGACUCUGCUGUUGGCCAGCAGGGGGCAGCAGGCGGGCAGACAGGAGAACAUUGAGCUGGAUUAUAGAGUGCCCCAGAAAUGA